CGCCAUCUGUCGAUGGUCGUGUUUCUAGCAACGUUUUAUUGACCUUCCUGAGAGAAUGGAAAACGAAACUUAUAUUCAAUUGUUAAAUUUGCGCCAUAUAAUACGCCUCACAUUGCCUCGGGGAUCAUUGCAAACUCAGAGAUUUGGUUGUUCUUUUUACGGUCAGACACAAAUUGCAAGUUAUUUGUCGGCUAGACGAAUGUAGUUUGGUUAUUUACCUUCCAGACAUCAUCAGAGCACAUUGACGAGCACGGCACGAGGAAUCUAACCGCGCAUCAACUCCAGACAGUGUCUUUAGCUAGCGGGACUUUUAAUAGCUUUAGUUUUUGUCUUGACUAUCUACAACGUAAUUUGUUGUGUUUAAACGAUUAUGCCGUCUUCCGGGUGGAUUCAGUACCUGAACGUGUUAUUUGGUAACUUGGAAAUCACACGGUGGAGUCCUAUUGCUGCUGUAGCCUGCUGUAGGCCUAGCAUGCGCUAAGAUUUCAUGACAUUUAAAGGUGAAGGCCACCCCAGUCUGACUGCCCAGCCCUUCGGCUCCCUCCCUCACGCCCCCUGCCCACUGAGCUAUGAGCAGAGGCAGAGGAGGGCCCCCAACAGAGCACCAACGAUUCUUCCAGCCGCGUCAUCCAGGCAAACCCCGAGUCGACCCAGGUCGUCCGCCAUUUGGCCCAAGGAACCAAAGCCCCAACUCCUUUCACGACAGGCGUCCGCCACUGCCUCCAGCUGCUCCCAGUCCGUGUCCUCCUUUCGGAGGUCCCUCUCGCAUUCCACCUUACGCUGCCCCACUAGCCGGCCCCGGCCCUCCUAACUUCCGCGACCAACAGGAGCGCUUCCUGCGGGGUCUGACCUCCCAGGCUCCCCUGUUCCACGGCCCGGCCCGCUUCACCAAUCACCCGUCAGAGGGCAGAGGCUUCGGCCAAUCCCACAGUGCCUGGCCGCGAGCAAGUGGUCGCACCUCUGGUCGAGGCAGCUGGAGGAGCUCCAGGCCUGCGGACUGCCCGCCCCCCUUGCCUAAAAAACAGUCGGUCCGCUGGAUUAACCAGCCCCCAACCCAUCACCCACAACCACACCCUGACAACCAGCCCCCAACCCAUCACCCACAACCACACCCUGACAACCAGCCCCCAACCCAUCACCCACCACCACACCCUGACCGGCACUGGGACCGAGACCGCAGUCUCUCCUCCCUCUCCGACGGCUUCCGAGCCCUGAGAUUGGACUACAGCAGCCCCAGGCGUUAUUGGGGUGCUGACCAGACAUCGUCUAGCACCUCCACAGCGCCACCUAGCACCAGUAGCGGCAGCAGCAGCAGGGGCAACGGCAGACCGUGGCAGGACCCAACCGCCCACUCCAUCACACUCACCCCUGAGAUCCAGCAGCGUGUCCAGCAGGCGCUUGCAGCCCUCGGCCCCGGGGAGGCUCUCCAGGCCCGGCCACUGGCCAAGAGGUUGCACCUGCCCAAGAAGGUGGUCAACAAGGCACUGUACGCGCUCGCCCACGAGGGCCAGGCCAGUAAGCAGGGCGACGCGCCCCCUCUGUGGACGCUGAGUGGAGACAAACGGGGCACUGCAGGGGCAUCAGUGGAGAGCAUCGGCGCGCCGUCCGUUACGCUCGUGAAGCAAGAGCCCACCUCUCCCACCACAGCCCAGCGGCAGCAGGCCGAGAGGACCGAACACUCUGUGAGCGAACAGCUACAGUGGCCUUGUGCUAUAAAGACCGAAUUUGAGGAAGAGGAAGGAGACGAGGAAGAGGUGGACGACAACGACGAUUACCAGUCUGAUCCUCGCAGGGAGAAAGAGUCUCCUACUUUUAAUUUGUUGAAUCCAGCUGGCGAUCUCUGGCGAGGGGGUCGCACCGAAUCAGUUUUCUCAGGCCCAGAGCUCCAGCCCAGUUUGGGUUCCGCCACCGUCGGAAGCAUGGCCGACUUACGAGAACAACGCGAGCGCGUGCUCCAGUACCUGCUCGAGACGGGCGAGGCCAACGCGCUGCUCAUCGCCAAGAACCUCGGCCUGCGCACGGCCAAGCAGGUCAACCCGCUGCUCUACGGCCUGGAGCAGCAGGGGCAGGUGAGCCGGCAGGCCGAGGUCACUCCGCCGCUCUGGCGGCUCAGCGAGCGUAUCCUGCGCCAGCGCAAGGCCAAGCAGCCGCGCCAGGAGACCGCCCCCCCCGGCGACGCGCCCAUGAUGGAGGAGUGCGGCGUCAGAGGCACCCUGGGAAACGGAACGACGGUGGCGUCAGCGGCCAUCAUGCCGAGCCUGGAGCCCAGCCCUCCGGGCGAGGAGUUCCCCUCGCUCCCGUUCCCGGCGAGUGUCGGGUCGCAGGCGAGCGAGCAUAACGGGGCGGGAGGCGGCGCUACCGCGGGCACUGCUGCCGUGGCAACAGACUCGGCCGAGUGGGCGUCGGACGACAUCCCGGAGUUCCUGAACGUGAUCAGCCAGGCGGAGCAGCAGCAGCUGCAGCAGUGCGGCGGGGGGGGUGGGGGGGGUGGGGGGCGCCCAGAGGCGGGCACGGUGGCCGUGUCGCUGGCCGCUCCCCCCCCCCACCCCAGCACGCUGGAGGCCAGUCGACGCCAGAAGCUGCAGGAGGUGCGUAGCAAGAACCCCGUCAGCGGCCUCAUGGAGCUGGCACAGUACCUGGGGCAGACCUGCGAGUUCCUGCUGCUUGACCAGUCCGGGCCCUCCCAUGAACCCAGGUUCCGCAUGCAGGUGAUGCUGGACGGGCGGCGUUUUCCCGUAGCUGAGGCGUCCAAUAAGAAGGUGGCGAAGAACUACGCGGCGGCGGCCACGCUGAAGGUGCUGCAGAGGGAGAUGGGGGGAGCGGAGGAGAUGGAGGAGGAGGUCGAGGAGGUCAGCGCUAUGGCCCCGGACACCGACACCAUAGAGGAGUUCGCUAGUGGGGAUUCUGCUCCUCCUGCCUUGGCGCGCUCUCUCCCUGGUGGGAAGAACCCCGUGUCCAUGCUGAUGGAGCACAGCCAGCGGAGCGGCGACGCCAUCGAGUUCAUCAACACGCGCCAGGAGGGCCCGCCGCACGACCCACGGUUCAUGUUCCGGGUGAAGGUGGGCGACAGUCUCUUCACAGAGGCCUCGGCGCCCAGUAAGAAGGCAGCACGCCAGCUCGCCGCCGAAGAGGCCGUCAAGGAAAUGCUCUCCGACGGACGGCUGCAGCUCAACAAGCCCCAGCCCAGUUUUCUGCCCGGUGUGGACGCAGGUGUGGGCAGUGCCAUGCAGACCCCAGCUCUGCCGGCGUGCCCGUCGCUGCCCCCCCUGAGUGCGGCCGAGCUGCAGCGGGCACACGAGGCGGGCGUGGGCGACCUCAUCAACCACCUGAACAACAACGCCGUGUCCGGCCUGCUGGAGUACGCCCGCGCGCGCGGCUUUGCCGCCGAGAUCCGCUUGGUGGGACAGAGUGGCCCGCCGCAUGAACCCAGGUUCACCUAUCAGGCCAAGCUGGGAGGCCGCUGGUUCCCUCCGGUGUGUGCCAGCAACAAGAAGCAGGGCAAGCAGGAGGCGGCCGACGCCGCACUACGGGUGCUCAUUGGAGAGGCUGAGAAAGCAGCACGCACUGGAGAGAUUACUUCCGAGACACACACACACAGCUCUGCACACUGCAGUGCCUCUGAUGAAGUCUUAAUUUCCGCUCUGUGCCAGCUGCCUGUAACAGGCAGCACCCUCCAUGAUCAGAUCGCCAUGCUGAGCCACCAGCGCUUCAACGCACUCACAGCCCGCAUACAGCACAGCCUUCUGGGUAGGAAGAUCCUGGCCACCAUCGUCAUGCGGAAGGGUGACACCCUGGGGACAGUUGUCAGUCUGGGGACAGGGAAUCGCUGUGUUAAAGGCGAGGAGCUGAGUCUUAAAGGGGACACGGUUAAUGACUGCCAUGCAGAAAUAAUUUCCAGACGAGGGUUUAUCAGGUUUCUCUACAGUGAGUUGAUGAAGCACCUGGAGGGAUCAGAGGAGAGCAUAUUUGACACGGCAGAGGACAAUAAGCUCCAAAUCAAGCCUGACAUCACCUUUCACCUGUACAUCAGCACGGCUCCAUGUGGCGAUGGGGCGUUGUUUGACAAGUCGUGCAGCGAGUCGGCCACAGAGGCAGGCUCCGGUCACAUGCCCCUCUUCGAGAACGGCAAGCAGGGCAAGCUGCGCACCAAAGUGGAGAACGGUGAGGGCACCAUCCCGGUGGAGUCGAGCACCAUCGUGCCUACGUGGGACGGUAUCCAGCAUGGCGAGCGUCUGCGUACCAUGAGCUGCAGCGACAAGAUCCUGCGCUGGAACGUGCUGGGCCUGCAGGGGGCGCUGCUCUCGCAUUUCCUGCACCCCAUCUACCUGAGCUCCAUCACCCUGGGAUACUUGUACAGCCAUGGUCACCUGACCAGAGCAGUCUGUUGCCGAUUGGCCAGAGACAAUGAUGCGUUCCUGAAGAACCUCCCUCCCCAAUACACUUUAAACCAUCCAGAGGUGGGGAGGGUGAGCGUGUAUGAUUCCACACGUCACACAGGUAAAACCAAGGAGUCCAGUGUGAACUGGAGUCAGCCGGACCAGCUGACUGUGGAGGUGUUGGACGGGACCAAGGGCAAAGUGGACGGACCAAAGCUGGAAGUGUCGCGUGUGUCCAAGUCCAGCCUCUUCCGUCUCUUCCAGGAGUUGUGCAGUCGCGCCGGCCGCGCUGACCUGAUGGCGCUGCCCUCGUACGCCCAGGCCAAGAUGGCUGCCGGGCCGUUCCAGCAGGCCAAGGGGAUCUUCUUCCAGGCGCUCGGCCAGCACGGCUACGGAGCCUGGAUCGGCAAACCCCUGGAGGAGAAGAGCUUCGAGGGGAACGACAGCAACGGCGCAACUGAUGCUUCUGCCAAUGCUUAUGCUAAUGCUAACUUAGCUAUCCACCCCUACAGUGUAGCAUACCCUCAGAGCCAGUAAAGCCAGCCGAUGGGGAGGGAAGGGGGGGGGGUGGGGGGUGAUGAGAGAGAGAGAGGGAUAAGUGAGCUGUGGACAGAGAGGAGUAGCCAGGAGCGAGUGACGUCCCUAGCGGAGAGAUUGCAGUGAUUGAGUCAGACAGGAGGGGUGCGGGGUGGUCUAGAGGGAAAGCAAGAGGGGGGAAGCUGAAAGAGUGGAGGAUGGACGAACUCCUUGGCACUACUGACAUAACUCUAGGGGGGUUGUCACAGUAACCAAACUGCAAACAAAUCAAGCUCCACAGCUUUUAGGCCUAGAUGGUGUUAGUGGUCAAGCAAAUCGUUUGGGUAGAUGAGUGGGGGAAUGUCAAGAUGAUGAUUAUUUUAGGAAUCCUUUUUUAAAUAAUUGUUCUCUCUCUCUCUCUGAUAUACAAUUUAUUAAUUGUAGAGAUUUAUGAUAUCUCUCUUAUAUACAGUUAUAGAACAGUUAUAGAACAAUCAUACUGUUGACAACCUCAUAGCUGGGAAAAACAACUUAAUACACAUAGUUGCAUUUAGUUCUUAAAAAAGUGUCUAGAGUUCACAAGUAAAUUCUUUCUGUCAGUCUAUAAGGUUCCUGAGUUCCAUCCCUAAGUUCCUGAGAUACUUCAGCUGUCUGUCAAAGUGUCGUCUACUUCUUUUUGAUCCACAGCCUUGUCAUGUUUUGCCUGUUCUUAUUGUAUGUGCUUUACACACACUGAAGAGAAUUUUUUUUUUUUUUUUUUGUCGUUUUUUUGUUUAAUGUAGGUAAAAAAUGUAUACAUAAUAUACAUACAGAUACAUGUACACACAGAUGUGUGUAUAUAUACCCUCUGCACUAUUGUGUGUGGAUAUAUAUAUUUGGAUUUGUGUGUUUAUGUAUAUGUAUAUAUUGUAUGUAUAUAUUUUAUAGAUAAAUGACUUGUUUUAUAUUCAACUUUAUAAAAAUAUUGGGGAUUGUAAAGGAAGUGUGGCUUCAUUUUUUUUUUUUUUUAAAGACAUAACAAAUUAGUGAUUUGCCAUUAUAGGAGUAUAUGCGAGCGCACACACACAACACACCCUGACGUGUGUGUGCAAGGCCCAUCACGGACGUCACUGAUUUUGUUUUGGUUUUAUUUUUUUUAUGAUACUCCCAUGUUCAUUUUACUGAAUUAUAUUUGGUCACUUCUCUGAUCUUUGCAGCUGUAACAUUCUGAACUGUGAGGACAGGCUGAGGUUCUCUCCUGCAAUAAACAGAAUGAAAACCAGA